UUUAACACUAGAUUGUAGCAGAGUCGGUAUAUCCCCUCUCCUCCCAAAACCCCCUUUCUCUUCCAUUUCAGGAUUUAACCUAAUUUCGUCCUCGGCAACCACCCUAUUCGUUUCCCAGGGUUGCUACCCCUAUAAAGGAUUUACCCUUAUUCCUCCUUGUCUUCUGCUUCUAGGGUUUUUGCGUUUGGGUGCCGCUUGUUUUUGGGAAUGGGGAGCGUCGAUCGAGUCGAUGAUCGGACCUUCAAGGUCAAUCUCACCGGCGAUUCAGUUAUUAGGCUCCGGGACAGCGUCGGCGAGAAGCUUAAGGAGUUCAUGGGCGAUUACACCGAUGACACUCUCGUGGAGUAUGUAAUCGUCCUUUUAAAGAAUGGCAGGCGUAAAGAAGAAGCGAAGAAUGAACUGAAUGUCUUUUUAGGGGAUGACAGUGAUUCUUUUGUUUCUUGGUUGUGGGAUUAUUUGGCUUCAAAUACGGAUUUGCAUGUACAACCUCAAGAUACUUCUAUGGAAGAUGCAAGUAAAAGGAAAUCCGUAUCAGGGGACGAAACUGGAAAAAACGAUUCUCAUCAUUUGGGUUUUGCACCAGACAAAGUUAAGUCUAACAAAUCAUCUAGAAGCCGCCACAACAGGGAAUGGAGAGGACUAGCAAGGGAUGCUGCUGAACCCGCUCCUUUUCUAAGCUCUGAGCUUGGAAGUAAUGAAGUAGAGGAAAAAAGUUGUAACAGGGUCAGUCGUGCCAAAUCUCCUUCACUACAACCUGCAGCUCAGAGGAAACGAAUUCGGCCUGAUGAGCGGAAGCAUUCAAAGAGUGAAUUAGCUUCUCAAGUGAAUAUUGAUGCACCUCGUCGGCUGCUCCAGUUCGCUUUCCGUGAUGCUCUGACAACUUCACGGCAAUCCAAUUUGACAACAGAACCAACCUUGAAGCGUCUCCGUUCUGUGGUUUCUACGUCCACCGGUGACUCAUCAUUGGUUGAUCCUCCUCGGAGACUUCAGUCUGUUGCGAGAGUGCCAAAUUCCAUGGCAACAGUUAUGAAAGCUGUUGCAGAGGCAGCUGAAGAUGUCACAAGGGUUAAAUAUUCGGGAAGUGUUUUUGACCGACUCAGUCGUGGUAUGGAUGUCAUAGAGACCAGUGGACCAUCUGCAUCAUUUAGAGAAGCUGCUACUGAGGAUGUUGAAUAUGAAGAAAUUCAUGAACGCACCCGGUCCACAUAUCUGCAAAGAAGUCAAUACAGUGGGCAGUAUGUUGGCAAAACAAUGUUAGACAGUGAAACUGGCUUGCCUACUGAUUCUGUUUCAGACAAUGAAGGGUUUGAUGAUGUCAAUGUUAGGGGUCAUAGAGUUGCUGAUGUUUCUCAAACUGGGACAUCUACUCGAAAUGAGGGUGACAAUUCACUGAUGGUGCAGUACAGUGUAGCUAAGAAUGGUGAUGAUCUAAGGCGUUCAAUGAACAAAGAUCCGGGUCAACCUACUGCACCUGCAAAUAAUUCUCAUAAGAUUGUGAACAUCUCCGUGAAUGUCAAUACGUGGAAACCACCCCAUUAUCAGGAGCCAAGAGAGGUAGCUAAAUCUGUGCAGGAUAUUGAUGCUGGCGCUCCAAAUUCUGAUUUACGUUUAAUGGAGAACAGCAAUCUUGUGCCUGUCAGUAAUGGAAAUGCAGAUCCUGCAGCAGAUUCUCAAAAGGCGAUGUCAUCUUCUAUGGAUCGUGCAGGUCUAUAUGUUGCUGGUCGUCCUUUGGAGGAUGCAGAUUCACGAACUAUCUUUGUUAGUAAUGUGCAUUUUGCUGCCACGAAAGAUAGUCUUUCUAGACAUUUUAACAAGUUUGGUGAAGUGUUAAAGGUGAUGAUACAUACUGAUGCAGCAACGGGACAACCUAAAGGAUCAGCUUAUGUAGAGUUCAUGCGAAAGGAGGCUGCAGAAAAUGCCUUAUCUCUGGAUGGCACUUACUUUAUGUCAAGGAUCCUUAAGGUCGUUAUGAGGAGUGCAGCCCAUCAAGAAGCAGUAGCUCCUGCCAUGACUUGGCCACGGGCAAGUCGUGGCUCUCCUUUUUCAACUGCCAGGUUUUCUAGGGCACCGUUCCCAAGAGGCAUGACUGGUGGAUAUAGGCCUUGGGCCUUGAUCAAACCAGGUGCCAGGAGUAUGCAGUGGAAGCGGGAUUCUCAAACCACUCCUGGAGAAAGUGGAACACCAGUUUCUGGCAUGGCUAUUCCCUCACCAACAGGCCGGAAUCUCACCUAUGUUCGAACAGAAGCUAAGCCAGCAGGAAACUAAUUGGAAGAUCUUGAGAAUAUCAGACUUGAGUUGCACGAUGAAUGCUCAAUGUUAGUUGAAAUCCAACAAAAUGGAGUACAUUAUUUUUGUAUAUGGUCGAGGACAUUGUUACAAGGAAGGUCCAGAGCGGUGAUGGAAGAGGUUCACUAAUCACAAAUUUUUUUUCCGGUUUAUUCUUUGAUAUGGGAAAAAAGGAGGUCUGGUAGUUCUCCCUGGCAUGGGAGAGAAUGAGGGAAUUAUUUUGGAUGGAGAGGCCAAGUCCUUGGAUGUUUCUGCCGGAGAUUUACUGUUCAUGACAAAUUUGUAUAGGGUGGGCGGGAGGCGCUAGAUGUCUUUUUAUUGGAUGAAUAAUAAUAUCUUUUAGUUUGUUUUGUAACUUUUGUUUUCGUAUUGAUAAAAAGAAGAAAAAGAAAAAAAAAAGGGGGAAAAAAUAAAGAUAAGUUGCACAGGG